AUGGCUAAAGUGUUUCGCGUUUCGUUCGCAAUUUUUAUUUUCACACUCCAAUCCUCUUGGCAGCUUGAUUUGAGCUGUGUCGAGCCGGGAUGCAGCACGGAAGAAGAUCGCAGCAUACUGUGGCCCUUUGAGGAUCCGAACUUCUUCCUUCGUUGCGAAGGUCUGCCAUGGGAGUUGGUACGGAGGCCCUGUCUGGACAAGCUGCUGUUUCACUUUGAACGUCAAGAAUGUGUUGAUCCCUACGAGUGGAAAGGUCCGUGCCCGGAAGAUCUACCGCAAUGCCCGCGGGUAGUGUGCAAAACCGUGUACGACCAGCGCAAGCUGUGGCCUCACGAAGAUCCGAGCAGUUUCCUGCAAUGUGUGCCGGGCCCCCGCGGAGGAAUGGAACCUCUCGUAAGGCAUUGCAGUCCGGACACAUUGUUCAGCUGGACUAUGCAACAGUGCAGGGAAAGCGCACUGUGGGAAAGGGAUUGUACGUUUGAGGACACAAGCAGUACCCCCUCAACGACCUUCGAGACGGAACCAGAUGAAACGGAUCCGACGGAGGAAACUACGGAAACAACGGAAGAAAAUACAGAAACAACGGAGGAAAUUACGGAAACAACGGAAGAGGACACAACGACUCAAAGCAUUACAACUACAACUACAACCGAACCAGAGCGAGGUAUAUGUCCAGUUCCGAUUUGCAGCGUUCAGGAUCCUAGACUCUAUCCCCAUACGGACUGGACAUUGUACUAUCAGUGUAUUCCGGACGUGAACGGAUUCUGGGUACCAGUCGAACGGCCAUGUGGAGCCGGAACUUACUUUCACUACAGUCGCCAGUUGUGUGUCUUCAUGGCGGAAUGGGAAGAUUUUUGCCUUUAA